GGAUCGUCGUCAUGCUUAAGGUCUGAAUGGACAAAAAACUUAAACGAAACGAUAUUGCGUUAUGAAUACACAUUUGGUAUACAGAACGAGCAGCCAGGAGAUGGUAUUUUCAAUUUAGUAAAUGAAAACCCUUGGCAUGAUGUCGGAAAGGAGUCAGAAGCCGUUCACUGUCUGUCUCCAGACAGCCAACUGGAACAUAAGACGAACUAUGUUGCAUACGUUAGAGCAUGGUACUCGUUUACAUUAUAUACCAUAUUCCAAUCGGAACCAGUUCAAGUCGAUCACACAUCACCUGAUAUUCACAAGAGAUAUUUUGUUAUUGAUUCCAUAUUGAACUGUGAGGAUGAUGUGGAUUAUGUUCUUUCUACAAAUUCUAUAUUAUCGUGUUGGGAUGGAGUCUUCUAUGAUGAAGAAAGUGGAAUAAAGAAUUUUAUGGUAUCGCUCGGAACUUCGCCGUAUGCUGAUGACAUAGUACGUAUGCAUGAUGUUGGUCACAAGACAAGAUUAGACUGGAAUGGUCAUUCUUUUGAACCAGGAACUAGAUAUUACACGACUUUGAGAGCCAUCAAUAAUAUAGGUCUACAUACUGAACUUAGCUCCGAUGGGUUUGUGAUUGAUGAUAUCGCACCCAUUGCUGGAAUAGUUUAUAAUACUGGACAUCACAGGGACGCCAUUUACCAGUCUAAUAAUCAACCAGUUCAGUUUUCCUGGCACGGGUUUGAUGACGAACAUUCGUUUAUUGAUUCAUAUUACGUAGGAUUUAUUGUUAAUGGCAGAGUUCCUUUGGCAAAUGAUUCAUCUAGUUUUCGAAAGAUAGAUAUUCACGACCACAUAGUUUACGAUGGUAAUCUGAACCAAGGAGACACGAUUGCAGCCAUGGUAAAGGCUAUUGACAAGGCUGGUCAUGAAAGUCCUUUUGUGACGUCACUGCCAUUAUCAAUAGACAAUACACCACCUCAAUCAUUUCACUGUAAAGGCUUCGUUGAAAUAUAUGAAAAACACAUCACUGGCGGAGAAAGGUGGUUAGACCAAAUAAUAUGUCAUAAAAAAAAUGUUUACAAGAUUAAAGUCUCUAUAACAGAAGUCACGUCUGACUUUACAGCUUUGUUGGCAGUUGACGAUAUUUCCAUGGUACUAACUUUUGCUCGUAAUUCAGAUGGUUCUUUGAUAACAGAAUACAACUUCUUUGCAUUUCAAAUGGCACCGAAACAAUUUUCCUUGGAUAUAUUUGGGGGUUUAAAAUCAACAGAAAUGUCGAUAAAUGUCUUAAAAUGCUCCUCAAUAAUUACAGAAACAAAGAAUAUUGAAACCAUUAGUACCCAACAAAUUUCAUCAGACAGAAUUUCUAUUUGUGUCCAAGCGAUUGAUCUAGACAGUGGCAUAAAGCAAGUCAACAUAGGAAUUGGAAGCGUCUACGGUGGGUUCGAACUACAAACGAUGAAGUCAGCAAUAUCAUCAUCACAUCGUAUGCAUGACAUUGUAGAGGCAAACCUGACACAUGGUGAACGCAUUUAUGUAAAAGCUGUUGUUAUAAACCAUGCGGGAUUACAAAAUGAAUUCAAAUCGCAUCCAUUUAUAAUUGAUCACACUCCUCCCAUAUUUCAGAAUAUGGAAUCAUCUCUUGCGUACCGAGAUGCUGUCCAGAAUGACACAACCACCAGUGUACAUUCACGAUGGCAAGUUAUUGACGACGAAAGUGAUAUACAGUUAUGUGAAUAUUGUAUUGUGUUUAGGGCACCUACUUGA